CAUCACCAUCUGGUCUUUCAAUGCAGAGCGUUCACGAUUCGAACCUUUUAUCGUGAAUGCCUUCACUAAGUGGCUACAUUUUGUAUUUAGGAGCAACAAUUAGUCACAUUUCAAUUCCAGAGUCAUUUACGUAAAGAAUUCAGUUUCCCAUUGAAUACGUGAUCAAUAAUUUGCUAAACUUUGAAUAUCAAAUCGAGAAUUUCGCAACAGCCAAAUUCUUGGAUAAAGAAUUUCGUUUUAAGUCGUAAGAUAAACUCCGGAAAAUGGGGGUAUUAUCACUUCUUUCAAUAAUUAGCGUUCUAAUUUUCUGCGUCCCUCGAGCAAUCACCCUUGAUGAAGCUGAUCCAAAAGAGCUUAAACUUGAUGAAAUAUCAGACGAUGCUGCCAACGAGGUAACUGGCCGACAUUCCCCGUCCUUCCGAAAUUUUGAUUCUGACCCUUUCAAGGGGAUACCUUACGACGGAACUCGUUCUUCUAGCGGUGGCGGCUCACCAGCUAAUCCGAAAUACACGCCGGGAUAUGUCCCAGCCCGGCCACGACCUGCUCAGUAUUUUAUACCCGCACCUGAUUACAUGGAUGAUAACAGUGUAGGUCCAAGGCCUAAUAUAAGAGGGUUAGGCUCUAAUGUGCGCUUUAAUUCAGACCCAAGUGAAUCAUAUGACUACCGGGACUAUCCAACUGGCGGCCAGGUCUUGUCUGAUUACCCUUCGCAGAACUACGUUCACGCAGGAGGCCCUCGAAACUACGAUCCAUACUACGACGCAAGUUCUGGUCAAAGAGUCCAUCAGUCGCAGCCUCUUCCUCAUCGCUCUGUGCCGGCCAACUACAAUCCAACUGGUACACCAGACAAUCCUUAUCAGUUUUCCUCCCACGGCUACGCUGGUCUCCGAAGCUACGUUCCCACAAAUAUUCAUUCCAAUAGACCUGUCUACGGUGUACGUCCUCGAAGCAAUACCGGCGGUAAUGACAGCGAUACUUUUGCCACCGACGACGAUACUGAAUCAUCAACUCUCGAAUCCCAAGCGGACUCGUUUUUGUCGUUCGUCGACAUCCUUGAUCACGCCUUGGAAUCCUCGCCCCUCACUCAUUUCAGUCACGAAGGCAGGAACGCAAGAAAUAAGACUGCUGAAUCCGACGGAUCUCAUGAGCCUGACUCCGAAGAAGCUCAAAGUUCUUUGGACGAUCCCGCGCACAGGUUAGAAAGGGCGACAGACGAAGAUGCUUUGAUGCUUUUCAAUCCUCAUAUCUACAUGCUCGACGGGGAAAAAUUGAACACCCACAACGUAACUGUAAAAUCAAUGAUUCUUAAGUAUCUGGAGACGGCAGACUCGGCGGAACCCGUGAUUAUGAACGACUUGGAGGCAGGGAUGGUGAUGACUACUGAUGGUGAAGCAUUCACAAUCAUUAACUACGUCCCGGACCCGUCCCUGCGCACUAACGACUUCGAGAGGUGUAUAGACAUGGACGAUGCUCCAGUGGUUGUGGUGCCGUGCGGCUCGGCAUAUCUGUAUCCAGGAUACCGGUACAAGUUUUACUACAACUGGUCCAAAUGCCGGUGGCGCUUGAGAUCUGCAGUCGCUUCGAUCACGCUGAAUUUCGGGUCCGGAGCCGACGAAGAAAGAACGAUAAUUCACGCUAUGGAGCAAUCUAUCCCCUACCGUGCGAGUAAGGAUGAAAUUCUGGAAGUCUCGCACAAGGAAAUCUCCCUUCUGCUGGCCGAUGCUGAUCCUGAUCCAGCGAACCUGGAUAUUGAAGCCUGCAUUCCAGGAAAUCACAGCGUCGCGGCAGUGUACGGGUCACUGGGUCCAUGCUGUGUUCACCGCAACGCCACAUGCGGCCUGAAGAACAACACGCUCAUCCCAGGACUACCCUUCAACAGUUCCGAACCUGUCAAGUCCGGCACUUACCCCUGGCAGGCGCUGCUACUCGUCAAGCCUGAGCUCAGUAACGCCCUGCGAGCCCCCGACGCCUGCGCCGGAGCCCUCGUCGCCCCCCGCUGGGUCCUCACCACAGCGUCCUGCUUCUUCCCGAGCUGGCACGUUGCAGGCAAGACCUCGAAGGAGCGAAGGAUGCCCGUUGUAGCUGUCCACUUCGGAGUCUCCCACCUCUACCACACUGCGACCAGCAAGCGGUUCUUCGCUGAGGAAAUAUUCCUAUAUCCUGCACUGUCCUGGACGCAUGAUAUAGCGCUUGUCAGGUUAUCUGAAUCCCCUGGACUGGACCCCGUAUGCCUGCCCCUCUUCAAGGAACCAAAUCUUAAUGAAGAUUUCAUGGACGUCAACGGACUGGUGGUCGGGUGGACAUUGAGCAACGACACUAAGCUUCCCCAACAAAUGUGGGCCAUUGAAGAAGCCCUCGUUAGUGGCGACAAUUGUGCAAUCCAGCGAGAAGAACACCUACCUCCUCACACCCUCUGCACCAUUGUCAACCCUCUGAAGAAAUGCAUGAGUGCCAGCUUACUGUACGACGCACGAGGGAAGAACUUGGUACUCAGAGGGCUUAUCGCGAAGCACGAAGUGUGCGAUCCGAGCGGCCUAAGCGUGUUCACUUCAGUUGCCCAUUUCAUACCCUGGAUUAACAGCAUCAUCUCGGCCUGAAAACUACACCUACUAUCAACAACAUCGCUUUCUGAGUGUUUUUCGGGGAAAAUACAGUCAGGCUGCCGUCAAAAGUGGUAUUUUUAAAAUUGAUUUGUAGAGCGCGAGAAAAACUCGUCAAGUUAAUAAGAAAAUUUGAAAAAAAAGAUAGUAAAUAAAAAAAAUAGUAAAUU